AUGGCGAGGACAGACCUGUGCAGCCCACCAAAGGAUGGAAAGUCUGCAAAAAAGAAAGAGGGAAACAUCAGCAAGGCUGAGAGGGAGAGACUGCAAAGAGAGGUAGAUGAACAAAGACUGAGAGAGGAAGAAGAAGCUUGUGUCAUUGCUGAGCGUGAGGAGAAUGAGUGGCUGGAGAGGGAGCGAAUAGAACAAGACAAACAAGAGCUACUCGAAUUAAAGGACAGAGAGCGCAGAGAGGACGAGCUGAAUGAACUGCGGCACAUUCUAUAUGAGAAUCACUCUGCAGUCACUACGUGGGAAUCUGAAUGCAGGGACAAAGCUAAGUGGGAGCGUUACAUGCGUUGCGACGGCAGUCCAGAUCCAUCGGUGCAACCAGAAAUCAACUCCUUCAUCAGUUUGUGGAGAGAAAACUCAGAAACCCCGAUUCAGCGGGUUUUGGAGAACUGUGCUCUGGCUCUUAAGUUGACAAACGAACUGGACUUUCUCUUGAGCAAGAGUCCCAAUCCUUGUGUUGCUCAGCAGUAUCGAGAAACACUCCUGUGUCUACAGAGUCUCAUCCACAUCAAACUCAACCAGGCCACUGAGGAGCUUCUGAAGUCCGCAAAUUCUCAUUCUGACAUUGAGACCGGCAACAUGCAGACUGUAGUCCAGGAUGAAAAUAUCACUCUUUGUCUGUGGGCGAACCUCAACAAAAACCCAAGGUUUAAAGGUUUCCGGUUUGAGGAGGUGGGUCUGGGCUUUGAGUUGCCAAAGCCACUUGCUGUGCAUGACAUUGCUGUUCGGAUCCUUCACACACAAUACGAUCACCUGUCCCACCACAGCGAGCGAGAACAGGUCCAGAGAAGGAGAUCCAUGAUGGAAGCCAUUCUCACUCCACCAACUGAGAGCGCUGAGGAUAGAAAGAUGGAGGGAGAGGGGGUUGAGGGAGAAAGCUCAAAGCCAGUGGAGGAAGACAGUCGUUCGGUCAGAUCAGAGAGCAGAAAGAGGAGUGCUGUAAGUGUGAUCUCAGCUAAAGAGGGGAGGAAGAGCUCUUCAGUCAAGCUGUUAGAGGAAGGAGAAAGUCAGAUGGAGGAAAUCACAAAAGCAUUAGAAGCUGAUCAAAAUGGUUCCAACUCACCAGCUGAACCUGUGAUUGACAGUGCUGACGUACAUAUAGUGGAUCUGCAGCAGUUCACACCCCUUGGCGGAGUCUUCUACUUUGAUGUUUUCCAUCUUCUGCCCCAGUCUCUCAUAGUGAAGGGCUGGGAAAUGAGAGAGCUGUUAGAAACCGGUCUCCAGGUCUUCCCCUAUCCCACAGAGCAGACUCGCGUUCAGAGCUCUACCUCAGUGAGGCUGGAUGAACACAGUAGCACUGUUGUCUCAUUGCCUGUAGGGGUUACUGUAGCUCUGCCUGACUCAAUAUUGUUUCUGGAGGAUCCACAUGUGGCACAUUGGGAUCCUAUCGGUCAGCACUGGCGGGCAGACUGCAUUUCUGAGGCAUCCUAUGACGCAGAGACCCACAGCAUCUCCUUUAAGAUGAACACAUUCUCUGCCUUCACAUUAUUGCAGGAGUCAUAUGCUAACAUGCCUUUCCAGUCAUGGGCGCUGAGGCCUCUCGGCCAAGACUCAACUUCGUUCACAAUCACUGGAGCUCUUAUUGAAGUCAGCAUCACUGUCAAGGGUAAGCAAUGUAUGCUGCACAUGGAGGAAACAGAGAACCUAGAUCAUCUUCUAGGGAAGUGGAUGAGCCCCUCAGAACUGCAGAAGGCCAUGCAGAGAGCUGGAAUCAAUAUAUUUGUGAAUGAGUAUUCAGACAAGUACGUCAGCAUCAACCCAAAGGACCCAUUAAUAGAGCACACAGUGUAUGAACAAAUGGCUCUAAUGUCCUCAGCCGUGGCUUUUUCCUGGAGCCGCUGAAACACACAAUGCGGACAAGAGCACCUUGUUCUUCAGGCAUGUGAACAGUUGGAGGCGGGGCCUGUGGCUGAGGAGGCAUGGUCUCUUUACCUGCUGGGUGCUCAGAGGAACCAGCAUCUGAAGAUGAAGGAGCAUGACGACAGCUUCUCUCCUGAGCUGACCGAGGGCAGCGAGAUCCACUCCACCUUUCUGCACAUGCUCAGACAGAACAUGAGCACCAAGGGCCAAGCCAGAGUCCGUCAGUCUCAUGAUCUCUACACAGACACAGUACAGAAGCUUCUGUGUGCAACACGUGUCCUCACAUAUUCCUGAGAAAAGAAAGCAUACACAUCCAGAAAGACUACACGCAUACACACUAAUAUCUAAAACAUCUGAUACCGGUUUUGAAUAAUCAUUGCAACAUCUUGAUAUGCUGAGAACACCCUGUAAACUUCUUUAUAGGCAGGUGGACUCAAAUGAUACUCUUGAAUGAUUAUUUAUAACAUAAGCAAUAAAUAUACAGUAUAUAUACACAGUAGAUAGAUAGA